AUGCGGUGCAGUUCGUGUAUCGGUGGCGAUCAGCGUCGCCAUCGCAGUCUGUCGAGUGGCGACCCUGAAUCCGCAUCGCCAGCGGGACCAGCGACAACAGCAGCAGCUGAUCAGUCAGACGUAAGGACGAUGGCAAUGGAGCUGGCGGCGUCGAGCGGUUCGCCCGGUUCCCCCGACAGCCGGCCACCGUCGGUUACGAUCGAGGAGCUCGACGAUGACGUCUUCAUCUCGCCAUCGGACGGUGGCGCAACACCGGAUCCACCGGAGAUGGUCCCACUUGACGACGAGUUCACUUAUCUGCUCGCAGCGCCACCACCAGCACACGUGCCGCUUGAGGUAAUACGUGAGGAAGAGUGUAGCGGCGACGACGACGACGAUGAUGAUGGCGGCCGUAGUCCACAGAACGAAAAUUCACCUACGCCGGCUCCCAGAACCAAACGCAGUCCCGUGAAGGUCCUGCGCGAUCUGCUACUCUAUCGUCGGCGGUCGGGUCGCCGGAAGUCGCACCCGGUGCCGCAGCCAAGGGCCCACAUCGAGCGCCAGGAGCCGACGAUCUGCAUGCUGGUGGGCGCCAAGGAAUGCGACAUUGCGACGGAGUACCGGGCCGUCUGCACCACCGACACCGUGGACUGUGAGCAGCUGGAAGCGGAACUGGUCAACCUCGGCUCGGGGUCCAACUCGAGCAGUCUGGACGAUCUGAGCGACGUGGAUGACACGGCGGCGACGACGACCUCUCAGGAAGAUGAACCAGAGCCGGUCCCAAAUAGGCGCCGCCGAAGCGAACCUGCGGAUCAACAACAGGACCAAGAAGCGUGUGACGACGGAGUGCCGGCGGUCCAAAAUACUCACGGCACGGCGCACCACCGUGAGCACCGCCGCGAGCGAGAGGAUGCGGCUCGUGACGACACCGGGGAGAGCCGACAACCGUCACAUUCUCUGGCCGUGCGGACGGACGAUGAGAAAAUGCGCGCAAAGACACACCGGCGGCUGCUGCUACUAGAGCAGCGCAACCGAGCGGACCCGGGACUUAGUCUUAGCUCGGGAGCAGCCGUCGACGGCCAUCGCGACGGCCAUCGUGUUGUGUCGGAAGCGGAGGAGGAUGUGCCCCAGCCCAAGUUGACCGCCAGUGGUGGUGCUUCCUCAGGUGCAGUUCCGUGUCGGUCAGAGUCCGAAUCCGUGGUGAAUCAUUCCGAGCCGGGCCAAGUCGAGCAAAUCAUGUCCAUCGUCGACGGCGACACGGUGACGACGACGAACGACGCCGUUGUGGUGGUGGUGAAUACAAGUGACAGUAGACGGUUGGCCCCGGUGGAAUCGCCUCCACCGUCGCCACCGCCACCGCCAGCGCCGAAGGCGGCCAUCGCACUACCGCCGCACCGCAGCAGUGAAGUGACUAAUCGGGGACAUCCGAAGAUCGAACCGUUGUUGCCACCACCGCCACCGCUGCCCGCCGGACGUCCGGCGGCCGCCCCGUUGCCACUGUUACCGCUGACCGUCGAGGCGCUGUCGACGACCACUGCUUCGGGCAAUGGCGAUGGUCAAAUUCCUGGUGGCGAUCAUUCUAGUCAAGCUGAUCCUGCAGAUGCUGAUCCGAGUGGUGCGCAAGAUAGUGUCCCUGCAGUAGUACCCGUCGAAGCGGUGCCCAGUGCGGACCAGAGCGUUCUGCUCAAGUACAUCCACGGCGCAGAAGACACAGCAGUUGUUGGACCGGGCACCGCCUCCGUGCCCGCCGAACGGAAGAGGUCCAGUGCGAAGAAAAAACCGUCGCCAACACAGCCGCCGGACGACUCGGCGGGGGCCGCCAGCUCCGGGAAGCGCAGUAAACCGACGGUCGUCCCGCGCAGUAACGGUGGUCCGGGCAACGACGACGUGGACCGUAGACCAAAAAUAGAACACAUCCACGGUGGUGCUGCUGCUGCUGCUGGUAGUGGUCAGUACCAGCGCGUGAACGGUGGUGGUUAUGAAGCAACUUCACCACCACCUCAUCUUACUACCGUGGCCCCCGGCUCAAUUGGCGUAGGCGAAUUUCGUGCCGGGACAAUGACGGGACCACGAGGGGAGCUCGACGCUCCCGAUCUGCGCUCCGAGGUGUGCCGCGCCAAAGACGCCGAACUGUUGGCCGAGUUCCGCAAGCUGGAACAGGAGACGGCACGGUAUGAGCAGGAGCUGCAGAAGAUAUCGGUCGGACCGUUCGCGGGCCGACAGCCGGCCGAGGAGCGUGUGUUGACCGAAAACCGGACCUAUGUCGUGUCGAAGCAGCACGACUUUGUCGUCAACUCGGAGUGGAGCACUAACGGAACCUCCGGGAGGAUGCGAAACGGUACCUCUACGAAGAUUCCGGCUCCACAGCCGAGUCGGCCUGAUCCGAGAGGUCAGCAGCCACCGGUGGCAAUACCUGGUCCACCGGCGGAUCAGGAAGAGCAGGAGUACUGUACGAAGAAGGUGAAGGAGCGCGUCCAGGAACUGAUGGCGUCCGAGGCGGCUCGCGCUGGUGGACCCGUAGUACGACGGAAUGGCGGCACGGCAACGGUGAGUGCCCCGUCGACACCGACGGCUAGCCGCCGGAAGCAUAUCGAGGCCGAGUUUUGCCAGUUCCGGGAGCUCCGUGCCCAAGAGCAGCAGCAGCAGCAGAAAGCUGCACCGAGUGCCGGCCAGCUUGUUGGACCCUAUCAGGUGCCAUCGAAAAUCCCACUCCCCGUGGUGGGGAAAGGUGCCCUCGGUGCCACCUGCCCGCCAGCGAUCGUCAGCAGCGUCCCUAGUGGCCCCCACGAUCAGGAGCAGCAAAGCGGUGAGGAUGCGGUCCGGGUGAACGUAGCCGCACUGAUCGCGACGCACCAGGAGAAGCAGCAAAGUCAGGCACCGACGUUGGGCCAGCUCCGGAACCGGGUCCCUUCUGAGAUCUUGGUCCCGGUUACCCCUGCAACCGUACCACCGAGUUCCGCACCGACCGCGGCGGAUGCGUCCGACGAGGUCGUGGUUAGUGUCAGCGACAAGUGUCAACAGUUUGAGCGACGGAUCCGCCAGAACUCGAUCGGGCAGCAGGGUGGGCAGGAUGCAACGCCGAAACGGGCACCGAAGGGUACGCACGAGCAGCAGAUGAGUAGUAGUACUGGUGGUAAUGCGUGUGGUGCCGACUGCUCCGAGGCCGAUUUGCUGCAUGAAAUCGAUCACGCCCUAGUGCUUGCUAAAGACUUCCUGUUCACGCGCGGCGUUUGGUCUCCGUUCAACCGGUCCACCGAGGUACUGACGAAGGAGGAACUUGCGGAACGAUCCGUCGGCAAGCCACCAUCAGAGCCCCUGCAACCGGUCUGGGUACCGCGGAGCGCCCCGCCCUCCCCGGUCAGCGAGCGGCGCGAGUUCCGACCGAUCGGCUUCGAGUCACCGACCCCGUCCCGGCGAAACGCCGGCAGCACACCGUCGGCACCUGCCUCCGUGGCGGCCCCUUGGACGCAACCCGGCUACACUCCGCCGGCGGAACCGACCCCGCCGCCACCCCAGCAGCAAGUGCGCUUCCCGCCGCUACCACGAGCGACUCCCGGUGGUAGCGCACCGGAACCGACCAUCAACUCGCUGCUCAAAUCGAAAGAUGGUAAGACUGCCUCCUCGGUAACAUGCACUGAUACCAGCACAGCGGCGGUCACAUCCAGCAGCAGCAGCACGGUGGCCAAGAGCUUCUACCAACAGCAGCAGCAGCAGCAGAGUGGUGCCACCGCCGUUCGAAGUGCCAGCAGCCCAGCGAUCCCACUGCCCGCGGCUGAAAGGAUGCAGCCCACCGCCACCAGCACGGCGGUUCACCAGCCGAAAGUGGACGGAAUCGGUCCGACGACCCGGGAGGGUAUGCCACUGACUCUGCGAUCGGAAAUAGACGAAGGCAACCGCGACAAGUGGUACAAGCAGAUGUACCAAACGCUCCACAAGGCGCACGACGAUGACGAUUAUGUGACCGUGCGGUACAAAACGCGUAAAGGUUACCCAUACAAAUCGCCAGGUGGUUACCAGUCGGAACCGGAGCCGAACUACGACUCGGACUACACGAUCAAGUACAGCACCCUCGACCGCAGGCGAACGCCGAUCGGGUUAAGCCCUACGAGCUACAACAAAUUCAACACCUUGCAACCGAACACCGGCGGCAGCCAGCCGGCUGGGUCGGUCCAGCAGCCACCGGUGCGUGCCCGGAACGUCGCACCCUACCGGAGUCAGCCGGGCCGGAUAGAGAACUACACGCCGGGCCGAUCGUCAAUCUCGGACAAGGAAUCGAAAGAGUGGUGGGAUGAAGUGAUGGACAUUUUCAACGGGCACCAAAAGCAGCUGACCACCAGCAAGACGUACGAGGGUAACCUUUCGAGGGCCCUGCUGAAGGAGCAACAAGGGUACGAGAGUGACUCGACGCUCGUGUUCCGCAAACGGGUCGACCAGGUGGACGCUGGAUCCGCGCUUAGCCCGGUGGAGCAGAAGCAGCACUACCGCACGAUGCAGGCCGGCGGCGAAAUUCCGCUCCACGGCUUUCGCAAACCGGCACCGGAAAAACCAAAAGAAUCUCCACGGCGUUACAUCGAGAGCGAUGUCAACAUCCAUUACAAAACACCGAUCCGGUUCGAGUACAAGGACCCGAUCCCGGACGAUGAGCUGGCGUACCGGCAGGCGGAGCAUAUGCGCCGCGUGUACCAGGAGGAGCGCCGCCGGAAGUACAUCAACGAGCUGGAGGACAUGCACUCGCGGCGCCACACGGACAACAUACUGCCGUCGCAAAAGUCACCGAUCCCGCUCAAUCGGUACGAUGACUUUGCCGCGGACCUAUCGCCCAAACCGCAGCAGCCGCCGCUGAAGACGAUCGCACGCGCCCUCUACAACUUCCAAGGCCAGAGCAUAAGGGAACUGUCUUUCCGCAAGGGGGACAUAAUUUAUCUCCGGCGGCAGGUGGACAAAAAUUGGUACGAAGGAGAGCACAAUGCCACCGUUGGGCUACUGCCAGCAAACUAUAUCGAGAUUCUCACCAGGGAUAGCGCAAAUGUCGGGAUCAGCAAACCUGCGGCGCUUACCAAACGAAACCCCGUCCGGGAGGGAAAGGCCCGGGCAAAGUUCAACUUUACCGCACAAACGGCCGUCGAGCUGUCGCUGCUGAAGGGUGAACUGGUCACCCUGACGCGCCGGGUGGACGACAAUUGGUUCGAGGGCAAGAUCGGCAGCAAAAAGGGAAUCUUUCCGGUAUCGUAUGUAGAGAUACUAACCGAUAUUGAUGGUGCCGAAAGCUACGAUAUCGAGCCGGUCGUCAGUAAGCCAGUCGUGCACCUCCACCACCAACAAGGCCAACCGGCGGCGGCGCAAACACUUACCACUACGCACUACGGCACCACGCACAGCAAUGGGCGCGUUUCUCCUGGGAUCGUGCGGGAAACGAAGACGGUGCAAAAAACGGAAGUUCUGCAUGUCGACACGUCCAACGAACCCAUUUCUUACCGAGCCCUGUACAACUAUAAACCACAGAACACGGACGAGCUGGAGCUGCACGAAGGGGACAUUGUGUACGUGUUGGAAAAGUGUGACGACGGAUGGUACGUUGGGACCUCGGCCCGCACCGGGUGCUUCGGGACGUUCCCGGGAAAUUAUGUCAACAAAAUGUGAGAGGAUCAAACCACACGUAAAGACGUAAAGAGUGCGAGCUAACAUCACGAAUUGCGAAGCAGCUAGUAGAGUAUAGGGAGAGCCAAUCGGUCCUUGCCAAUCGUUAUCGAGGCGUCGUAGAACCAAGUUUUUAUGCCACAAAGAAAAAUACCAAAAAAUUAACCAUUAUCGACGUAGUUCUCCUACUAGUCAUUUACUGGUAACUACACCACAUUUUAACAAAGCAACCGUUUGUUGAUCGUUCAUGGAAAAAAACGAAAGUGAACAGAGUAAUGUGUUUUAUAGAGGAGAAUCUGUUGAAAAAAACAAAGCAACAAAGAGACUAACACACCACGACGGCAGAUGCCGCUGUCCGCGCACAGUCUUUCUACCGGUUGGCCUUUGCUCCCGCGUAAGUUGCACCACGUGACUUACUUGGGGAUAAAAACAAUUUAAACGGAUGUGCCUUCAAAGUGAGCAGCAAACGAAACGAUACCGUGACCCAGCGUCCGCUGCAGAGUUACAAGACAAAACACAAUCAGGAUACGUGUGUCGGGUGCACCGCCGGCACCGGCCAUUAUACUGUGAGCAGAUUUCAGAAACCUAUUACUACGAACGAAAGGUACAAGCCAUCUCGGGAGGGGAGACAGGAUAGCGAUCGAGGAUCAAAUGUUUAUAGCCACGGCCACACCCUGUUGGAGGCCGAUUAUUUUGAGAGUGAUACACCACACGCGCGCACCCGCACGACCACCACUUUGUACUGCGAAUCUGCAUUCUUCCCUCGGGAUCGUCCUCCGUGAAAGGCCAACAAGAAGAUAUUCACUGUUACGGAACUCUGCAGCCACUCUAACUCUAACCACUCUAACAACUAGUAGUGAGAAUCCAGUUAACCUCUUCACUUCAAUCGUAAGCAAUAUAACAAGCGGAACACCGGAACAAGAAGCCCUCGUGUGUACCGCGGCGGGGCGUGAUACUAAAAAGAGAAUUGUCCACUAAACACAUUAUACUCGUAGUAGGCCGUACGUUUUACUGACACACUACAUACACACCCAAAAUUACACACACACACCGCUAGCUGUUCCGUUGAGUGUGGUUCCAUAAUAAACAAACUAGCAAACCCA